AUGGUCUCCCUCUACCAUGCUUCCAUCCCCAUGAUGAUCAAGUAUUUGGGUAAUCUCAAAGUCGUUCUUGCAAAGGCCGAGCAACAUUGCGUCACCAAGAACCUCAAUCCAGAAGAGAUGAUCAAAUUCAGACUCAUCGAAGACAUGCGAAGCCUCGACUACCAAGUCCAAUCUGUAUCCAAUACAGCAAAAUUUCUCGCCACUCGCCUCGCUCUGCACCCGGACACCUACUUCCCCGACGACGAGACCACCUUCCCGCAGCUCCAAUCUCGCGUAGACGCCACCAUCUCCAUCCUCUCUGAGAUUGACCCCUCUUCGAUGGAGGGUAAAGAAGAUGCCGAAGUUCUCAUGGAAACCAAGUCUACCGGCACCUUCCGCUUUACGGGCUACUCUUACGUCGUUCAGUAUGCCUGCCCCAACUUCCACUUCCACCUUAGCUCCGCUUAUUGCAUCCUCCGCCAUUUGGGCGUACCGCUCACGGCGUUUGAUUAUCUCGAUACGCAGCGCGAUCUUUUUAUCAAGGUCGAGGCGCCUCCUGCGCCUCCUUCUUAA